CACUUCUGAGACAAGAAAACAAGGAUUAUUACGAUAUUCUUGGUGUUUCAAAAAAUGCAUCCCAAUCCGAUAUAAAAAAGGCAUAUUAUUCUCUCGCUAAAAAAUAUCAUCCCGAUACAAGUAAAGACCCUACUGCGAAAGAAAAGUUUGUACAAAUUCAGGAAGCAUAUAAUAUACUGAGUGAUGAGGAAAAGCGCGCAGAGUAUGACAAAUGGGGUUCAUUCAAAGGUGCGAAUUUUAAUGGGUUCGCUGGAGAUUUCAGGUUUGGAAAUCCAAUGCACAUUUUCGAUCAUGUUUUUAGAGGGGGGUCUGCAUGGUCAACUGGAUUUGGGGAGCCAUAUGCUCAAGGAACGGACAUUGAGGUGGCCCUGAAUAUUCCUUUCAUGGAUGCUGCUAAAGGUGCUACAAGAAGUGUUUUUUAUGAAGCUGUUACUACAUGUAAAACUUGUCAAGGACGUGGUACUAAAGCUGGAAAAAAGCGUGAUGUGUGUACUUCGUGUAAAGGUUCGGGUGUGCGGUCUUUAUCUGUUGCAUCAGGUUUUCGUGCAGAAGAUGGAAUGAGGAUACGGAUACCAAAAAAAGGUGACGCGCCAUUUGAUAGUGAAGGUUUACCUGGUGACUUAAUUGUUCGUGUACGUGUGGCACCCCACAAGACAUUCAAACGGCAAGGUUCCAACGUUUUUGUUGAAGCUCAAGUCCCGUUUCACACGGCCAUACUAGGUGGUUCUAUUCGAGUUCCCACAAUAGAUGGAGAUGUAGAAUUAAAUGUCCCAGCUGGUUCGCAACCGGAUCAGCAAAUGGUUAUGAAAACACGAGGAAUCCGAAAAGUUGGAACCAAUUAUCGUGGCGAUCAAAUUGUGGUAUUUAAAGUACCGCUGCCAAAGACUUUGACACCUAAACAACGUGAAUUGAUCGAAGAAUUUGCCCGAAUUGGAUCUGGUUCAAAAUAG